CCCGGUCGGCAGGGGCGCUGCGCGGCCAUUUCCAAGCCGCAGCCAGAUUGCACAGUCAUGCUCACCGCCACUGCUGAGGUGCCGCCUGCUGCCGACGCCCCCAGACCUGUGGAGCCGCAGUGGGCCUGGAGAGACGCCCCGAUCGCCACGUUGGUAUGGAGGAUCCAGCAACUGCAGAAUGAACGCGCGCAAGCCUUCCGCCGCCUAGACCAAGCUCACCGCCAGUACAUGCUCAGCGACCAGCACCACGACUUUCCGCUUUAUCGGAAUGUCGUGCACGAGGUGACCCAGGUCUUCGCCGCCGCCUCCCGGGAAGUACUUGCGGUGGAAGCAGAACUAGCGGGACCUCGCGCGCAGCCAGUGCUUGCUCGCCACGUGCGCAACCUGCAGGAGCUGGAACAAACGCGCCUGGCCACGGUGGCGCUGUUGCAGGUGAUGGGGACACCAGGAGUGUCAGAACAGGAGGAUCCUGAAAAGUUGCGCCAGCUGAAAAUAAAGGUAAUUAAAACCAUGGAGGCGAUCAGCGAGGUUCUGCAGGAACUCAGGUUUGAUGCCGAAUCUGCAGAGUGAGGGCGGCUCCCAAGGGACCAGAGGAAGAUGGGAAAAGAGGCCCGUGGCGUCUAGCACAGCCCUGACCGCCAGCUGGCUGAGGUCGAGCCCGCCGGGCUGCCCUCCAAUGUGCCUCACAAAAUAAAAGAACCUCUCCCUCUA